AUGAAGAUCGCAGAUCGCACCUUUAUAAUUAGCGGCGGCGUCUCUGGCCUCGGCCUCGCGACAGCGCGCGACCUGCACGCUCACGGAGCCUACGUCUCACUCCUCGACCUGAACGCCGACAACGGAGCCUCCGUUGUCUCGGAGCUUGGCUCACGCGCAAAGUUCUUCGAAACCGAUGUGUCAGACACAGAAGCCAUCGCGACUGCCAUCGCUGGCACAGUCGCAUGGGUCAAAGAAACGGGCAAGUCGAUAGGAGGCGUGGUAGCAGGAGCUGGCGUCGGUAUGCCUGGUCUGAUCGUGGACAAGAACAACGAGCCGCUGUCGAUUGAGAGUAUUGAUUUCGUGCUGAAUAUCAAUCUUCGAGGCACGUUGGAUCUGAUACGCCAGGCGAUACCAUAUAUGACGACGAACACGCCUUCGGGUGCUGACGGUGAGCGCGGUGUGAUCAUCAUGAUCGCAUCUUCCGCUGCGUUUGACGGACAAAUGGGACAAGUGGCGUAUGCGGCGAGCAAGGGAGCGGUGGCAAGUCUGACGCUUCCACUUGCGAGAGAUCUGUCAAAGUAUGGGAUUAGGGCUGUGACCAUUGCGCCCAGUAUGUUUGACAGCGCGAUGACGAAAAUGUUGAGCAAGAAAGUGAAACAAAGUUUGGAGACCUCGAUGGAGUUUCCUAAGAGGGCGGGAGUGCCGGAAGAGUUCGCGCGGUUGGUGAGGGAGUGUGUAGGAAAUGAGAUGUUGAACGGGACGGUAUUGCGGUUGGAUGGGGCCAUGCGAAUGCCGGCGAGGCUUUGA